GUGGGAGACAGAGUGGGUGAGGGAAAAGGAGAGAGAAAGAGGGGGAAACAGGGAAUGGGGGAUAGAGAGGGAGAAAAAAAUAGAGAAUGAGACCAAGAGAGAGGAAGAGGAGGGAAGGGAGACAGAGAUGGAGAAGGAUAACAUUUUAGAAGGGGAAAGGGGGAGAGGGGGAGAGAUAGAGAAAAACAGGGGGAGUGAAAAUGAAAGAGAGAGGUUAUGGGAAAUGAAGGUGGAAACCGAGGAGAGUCAGGGGGAUAAGGUAAGGGAGAAGGAUCUGGAGCGUGAGAGUAGAGAGAAAGAAGAGAGAGGGUGGGGAAAUAGGGAACAGAUCGAGGAGAAGGGACAACAUCAGGUGGAGAUAGAGAGGGAAAGGGAGGGGAAGAUAGAGAAAGAUAGUGAAAAAAAGAAAGAGAAGGAGAGGCAGAGCCAACAUCCUUGGCAAGGGAAGAAGACCCAGGGAGAGAAAGAAUGGCAGAAGAAGAAAGAGAGAGAGAUACAGACCCCGAGCCACAGACAGACAGUAGAAAAGAAAGAGAAUCAGAGAGAGGAGACAGUAAAGAAGGUAGAGAAAGAGGUAGAAAAAAGAGUCCAAAAAGUGCAGAGACACAGCAUAGUGGUGACGACAGAUGGGUCAAGUGAUAAUCAGGACAUAGCCUCAACUAGCCCAAGCACUGCGUUGACACAGGGCUCAAUCCCCACACCUCACUCUUCAGGACCAGACCAAACAUCCACCUCCAUCUCAGGCCCUGCCACCAAUCCCAGCCCAGGAUCUAGAUCAGACGCUGCCGGUGGAUAUAUUCCAAGUCUUUCCUCCAGCUCAACCUCUAGCCCAAGAUUUUCUUCCAUCUCCAGCACAAGGAAAUCAAUUCUUAACACAAGCUCAAGUCAAAGGACCAUCUCCUCUUUACCUCGCCAAGGAGCCACCAGGUCUGACCCCAUCACAACCCCAAGUUCAGGCACCAGCUACAGGACUGACAGAACCAUCCCAAGUAUCAAAACAAGCUCAAACCAAACAACCAUCAGCUCAUCAAAAAGGAUUAUUAGCCCAAGAAACAGACCUUCCCAGAAGCACAAGCCCAAACAAACUAUCCAGGCCAUCAGACCUGGCCUUAAGCCCAUACCACCCAUCCUGACUAGCUCCUCCAGCCUCAGCUCACGGACCACCACCACCAGCUCCAGCACUGCACGGACAAUGACUGACAAAAACCCAGGACCCAGCCCAACAAUUACCAGGUCAUGGUGGAACCCAAGGCCUAGCACAAAGCCAAAAUCUGGGCCACAGCCCAGACCAGGCCUAAAGCCCAGUCACAGCAUAAAGCCUAAAGAUGUACGAAAACCUAAACCAGGCGAAAAGCCAUUCUCAGGCCUAAGACCUAAACCUGGACCAAAACCAAAGCAUGUCCUAAAGCCCAGGCGACCCAGCCCAACCAGCUCCUCUAGCUUCAAUCAUAAGACUGCUUCCAGAACUGGCUCAACUUCAAUCACCACCACUAGCCUUAGCCCUGGAAUCAGCUUUACGAGACCCAGUCUACAGACCACUAAGACAAGUACCAACCAAAGCAGCACCACACUGGGACACUCUUCAGCCACCACCACUAGUCCUAGCUCAAGGAUUACCAGCCCAAGCUUCAAGAUGACUAGUUCCAGGCCUGGGGCAAGCAGUAGCGAUAGCCCAACUCCAGGAACUUCAACCACUGCUCAAUCUAGCCCUAGGGCCACCAGUCCAAGUGCCAGAAUUGGGUCCUUGUCGACCCCCAGACCCGGUCUAAAGCCAAAACCAGGUGCAAAGCCUAUUCCAGGCCCCAGAACCAAACCUGGACCAAAACCAAAGCCCAUACCAUCCAGCUCUGUCCCAGAGAUCACUCCCAGACCUGGCUCAACUCCAGACAACGGCACAAGCCUCAGCCCAAAUAUCACCAGUCCAGGAUCCUAUAUUACCAGCUCCAGCCAAAGGAUUAGUAAUACACGCCAUAGUCUAGGGAGUCUUAACAGCACAAUGCCAAAACACUCUCCAGCAACCACUAGCCCAACGACUUCUAGUUCAUGCAUCCAGACUAGCUCUUCCAGCUCAAGUUCAACUCCAGCAAUUACAACCAUCACUAGCAGCAGCCCAGGAACCAGCUUCACUAGCCUCAUCUCAAGGACCACCAGUACCAGCUCCAGCCCUAAGAUGACAUCUGCCCAAAACCUUGAACACAGCACAAUGACUACCAGACCUAGGAUUAAGCCCAGACCUGGCCUAAAGCCCAACCCAGGAGCAAAACCCAUUCCAGGCACCAGACCCAAACCUGGACCAACACCAAAGUCUGUCCUAAAACCCAGACGACCCAGCUCAUCAAGCUCUAGCCCAAAGACCUAUCCAAGAACUGGCUCAACUUCAACCACCACCACUAGCCUUAGCCCUGGGAUCAGCUGUACAAUACCCAGUCUACAGACCACUAAGACAAGUACCAGCAAAAGCAGCACCACACCGGGACACUCUUCAGUAUCCACCACAAGGCUUAGUCCAAAGACUUCCAGUUCAAGCAUCCCGACCAGCUCUUCCAGCUCAAAUUCAACUCCAGCAACUACAACCACCACAAGCCGCAGCCCAAUGACCACCAGUGCCAGUCCCAGCUACGAGACAACAUCUGCCCAAAACCCUGAACCCAACACAGUGACUACCAAACCUUGGAUUAAGCCCAGACCAGGCCUACAGCCCAGACUAAAGCCUAAACCAGGCACAAAACCCAUUCCAGGCCAGAGACACAAACCUGGACAAAAACCAAAGCAUGUCCUAAAGCCCAGACCACCCAGCCCAACCAGCUCCUCCAGCUUCAACCCUAAGACCACUUCCAGAACUGGCUCAACUUCAACCACCACCACUAGCCUUAGCCCUGGAAUCAGCUUUACAAGACCCAGUCUACAGACCACUAAGACAAGUAUCAACCAAAGCAGCACCACACUGGGACACUCUUCAGCCACCACAACUAGUCCGAGCUCAAAGAUUACCAGCCCAAGCUACAGGACAACUAGUUCCAGCCCUGGGGCCAGCAGUACCAGUAGCCCAACUCCAGGAACUUCAACCCCUGCUAGAUCUAGCCCUAGGACCACCAGUCUAAGUUCCAGAAUUGGGUUAUUGUGGACCCAUAGACCUGGCCUAAAUCCAAAACCAGGUGCAAAGCCUAUUCCAGGCCCCAGAACAAAACCUGGACCCAAACCAAAGCCUGUCCUAAAGCCCACAACAUCAAGCCCAACUGGCUUUUCCAGCUCUGUCCCAGAGAUCACUCCCAGACCUGGCUCAACUCCAGACAACAGCACAAGCCUCAGCCCAAAUACCACCAGACCAGGAUCCUUUACUACCAGCUCCAGCCCAAGGAUUAGUAAUACAAGCCCCAGUCUAGGCAGUCUUAGAAGUACAAUGGCAAGGCACUCUCCUGCAACCACCACUAGCUUUCGCCCAAAUAUUUCCAGUUCAAGCAUCCCAACUAGCUCGUCCAGCUCAAGUUCAACUACUGCAAUAACAACCACCACUAGCCGCAGCCCAGGAACCAGCUUCACUAGCCUCAGCUCAAGGACCUCCAGUACCAGUACCAACCCUGAGACGACAUCUGCUCAAAAACCUGAACCGAGCACAAUGACUACCAGACCUAGGAUUAAGCCCAGACCUGGCAUGAAGCCCAAACCAGGCACAAAACCCAAACCAGUUACAAAACCCAUUCCAGGCCCCAGACUCAAACCUGGACUAAAACCAAAGCCUGUCCAAAAGCCCAGACCACCCAGCCCAACCAGCUCCUCCAGCUUCAACCCUAAGACCACUUCCAGAACUGGCUCAACUUCAACCAACACCACUAGCCUUAGCCCUGGAAUCAGCUUUACAAAACCCAGUCUACAGAUCACGAAGUCAAGUACCAACCAAAGCAGCACCACACUGGGACACUCUUCAGCCACCACCACUAGUCCUAGCUCAAGGAUUACCAGCCCAAGCUUCAAGACAACUAGUUCCGGCCAUGGGGUCAGCAGUACCAGUAGCCCAACUCCAGGAACUUCAUCCACCGCGAGAUCUAGCCCAAGGACCACCAGUCCAAGCACAAAAAUUGGGUCCUUGUGGACCCAUAGACCUGGCCUAAAGCCAAAACCAGGUGCAAAGCCUAUUCCAGGCCCCAGAACAAAACCUAGCCCAAAACCAAAGCCUGUCCAAAAUCCCACACCAUCAAGGAAAACUGUCUCUUCCAGCUCUGACCCAGAGAUCACUCCCAUACCUGGUUCAACUCCAGACAACAGCACAAGCCUCAGCCCAAGUACCACCACUCCAGGCUCCUGCACUACCAGCUCCAUCCCAGGGAUUAAUAAUACAAGCCCCAGCCUAGGCAGUCUUAACAGCACAACGACAAGACACUCUCCAGCAACCACCACUAGCCCAAAGACUUCCAGUUCAAGCAUCCCAACCAGCUCUGCCAGCUCAAGUUCAACUCCAGCAAUUACAACCACUACUAGUCGCAGCCCAGGAACCAGCUUCCCUAUCCUCAGCUCAAGAACCACCGGUACCAGCUCCAAGAUGACAUCUGCCCAAAACCCUGAACCCAGCACAAUGACUACUAAACCUAGGAUUAAGCCCAGACCUGGCAUAAAGCCCAAAACAGGAGCAAAACACAUUCCAGGCCCCAGACCCAAACCUGGACCAACACCAAAGGCUGUCCUAACGCCCAGACCACCCAGCCCAACCAGCUCAUCAAGCUCAAUCCCAAUGACCUAUCCAAAAACUGGCUCAACUUCAACCACCACCACUAGCCUUAGCCCUGGGAUCAGCUGUACAACACCCAGUCUACAGACCACUAAGAAAAGCACCAGCAAAAGCAACACCACGCCGGGACACUCUCCAGUAACCACUACUAGCCCUAGGCCGAAGACUUCCAGUUCAAGCGUCCCAACCAGCUCUUCCAGCUCAAGUUCAACUCCAGCAACUACAACGACCCCUAGCCGCAGCCCAAGGACCAGAUUCACUAGCCUCAGCUCAAGGACCACCAGUACCAGCCCUGAGACGACAUCUGCCCAAAACCCUGAACCCAACACAAUGACUACCACACCUAGGAUUAAGCCCAGACCUGGCCUACACCCCAAACCUGGCCAAAAGCCCAAACCAGGCACAAAACCCAUUCCAGGCCCCAUACCAAAACCUGUACCAAAAUCAAAGCCUGUCCUAAAGCCCAGACCACUCAGCCCAACAAGCUCCUCCAGCUCUAGCCCAAAGACCUAUCACAGAACUGGCUCAACUUCAACAACCACUACUUGGCAUAGCCCUGGGAUCAGCUUUACAAGACCCAAUCUACAGACAACUAAGAAAGGUACCAGCCGAAGCAACACCACACCUGGAUACUCUUCAGCCAGCACCAAUAGUCCAAGCUCAAAGAUUACUAUCACAAGCUACAAGACUGCUAGUUCCAGCCCUGGGGACAGCAUUAGCAGUAGCUCAACUACAGGAACUACAACCACCACUAGACCUAGCACAAAGACCACCAGUCCAAGCUCCAGAAUUGGGUUCCGGUGGACCCCCAGACCCAGUCUAAAGGCAAAAUCAGGUGCAAGGCCUAUUCCAGGCCCCAGACCCAAACCUGGACCAAAAUCAAAGCCUGUCCUAAAGCCCACACCAUCAAGCUCAACUAGCUCUUCCCUAGCCAUCCCAGAGACAACUUCCAUAACUGGCUCAACUCUAGACACCAGCACAAACCUCAGCCCAAAUAUCACCAGUCCAGGCUCCUUUACUACCAAUUCCAGCCCAGGGAUCAGCUCAAGGACCAGCUUCACUAGCCUCAGCUCAAGGACCACCAGUACCAGCUCCAGACCUGAGACGACAUCUGCCCAAAACCCUGAACCCAGCACAAUGACUACCAGACCUAGGAUUAAGCCCAGACCUGGCCUAAAGCCAAAACCAGGUGCAAAACCCAGCCAAAGUAGCACCACACUGGGACACUCUUCAGCCACCACCACCAAGCCUAGCACAACGAUUACCGGCCCAACCCAUAGGACGACUAGUUCCAGCCCUAGGGCCAGCAGUAGCAGUGGCCCAACUCUAAGAAAUUCAACCACUGCUAGAUCUAGCCCAAGGACCACCAGUUCAAGUGCCAGAAUUGGGUCCUUGUGGACCCCCACACCCAGUUUAAAGCUAAAACCAGGUGCAAAGCCUAUUCCAGGCCACAGACAAAAACCUGGACUGAAAUCAAAGCCUGUCUUAAAGCCCACGCCAUCAAGUUCAACUCCAGCAACUACAAUUACCACUAGCCGCAGCUCAGGGACCAGCUUCACUAGCCUUAGCUCAAGGACCACCAGUACCAGCUCCAGCCCUGAGAUUACAUCUGCCCAAAACCUUGAACACAUCACAAUGACUAUCAGACCUAGGAUAAAGCCCAGACCUGGCCUAAAGCCGAAAGCAGGUGCAAAACCCAUUCCAGGCCCUAGACCCAAACCUGGACCAAAACCAAAGCCUGUCUUGAAGCCCAGACCACUCAAACCAACCAGCUCAUCUAGCUCUAACCCAAAUACCUAUCCAAGAACUGUCUCAACUUCAACCACCACCACAAGCUUUAGCCCUGAGAUCAGCUUUACAAGACCCAGUCAACAGACCACUAAGAAAAGUACCAGCAAAAGCAGCACCACACCGGGAUACUCUCCAGUAACCAUCACUAUCCCAAAGACUUCCAGUUCAAGCAUCCCGACCAGCUCUUCCAGCUCAAGUUCAACUCAAGAAGCAACAACCACCACUAGCCACAGCCCAAGGAACAGCUUCACUAGCCUCAGCUCAAGGACCACCAGUACCAGCUCCAGCCCUGAGACAAUGUCUGUCCAAAACCCUGAAACAAACACAACAACUGCAAGACUUAGGAUCAAGCCCACACCUGGCCUACAGUCUCGACUUAACCUACAGCCCAAACCUGGCCUGAAGUCUAAACCUGGUCUAAAGAACAAACCAGGCGCAAAGCCUAUUCCAGGCCUAAGGCCUAAACCUGGACCACAAUCAAAGCCCAUCCUAAAGCCCAGACCACCCAGCCCAACCAUCCUCAACCCUAAGACCAGUAACAUAACUCUGACCACUAACCUCAGCCCUGGGAUCACAAGCCACAGUUGGCAGACCACGCGGACAAGUACCAGCCAAAGUAGCACCACACCAGGCUCCUCUCCAGGCACUACCACAAAGAUUACUAACCCAAGCUACAAUACCACUAGUUCCAGCCCUGGGGUCAGCAUCAGCAGUAGCAGUAGUGGUAGCCCCACUCCAGGAACUACAACCACUGCUAGACCUAGCUCAAGGACCACCCAUCCAAGCUCCAUAACUAGGCUCUGGUUGAUUCCCAGACCUGGCUUACAGCCUAAACCAGGCUUAAGGCCUAUUCCAGGACCCAUACCCAAACCUGGACCAAAGCUCACACCUGACGUAAAGCCCAGACCACCCAAUCUAACCAGCUCCCCAAGCUCCAUCUCAAAGACCACUCCCAGACCUGGCUCAACUCCAGACAUCCCCACUAGCCUCAGCCCAAAGACCACAAGUCCAAACUCCAGGACUACCAGCUCCAGCCUUGGGAUUAGCUUUACAACCCCCAGUUCAGGCAGUCUCAGCAGAACCGCAUCAAGUCACUCUCCAGCAACCACAACCACCACUAGCUCUAGCCCAAAGAUCACCAGUUCAAGCAUCCGGACAGGCUCUUCCAGCUCAAGAAGCAUCACACUAAGCCCAACUCCAGCAACCAAAACCACCACUAUCCCCAGCUCAAGCACCAGCUUCACUAGCCUCAGCUCAAGGACCACCAGUACCAGCAUCAGUCCUGAGUCAAAGUCUGCCCAACAUCCUGAACCCAGCUCAACAACCCCCAGAUUUAGCAUUAAGCCCAAACCUGGCCUAAAACCCAAACCAGACCAAAAGCACAAACCAGGCCGGAGGCUUAUUCCAAGUUCAAAGCAUAAACCUGGAUCAAAGCUUAAACCAGUCUUAAAGCCCAGACCACCCAGCCUGACUAGCUUCUCCAGUUCAGGACCAAAGACCACACUCAAACCCGGCUCAACUUCAACCACCAGCACUAGCCUUAGCCCUGGGGCCAGAACCAGCAGUAGUCCCACUCCAGCAACUACAACCACCACCAAUCCAAUUAUCAAGGCCAGCUCCUCCGCCACUAACCCCAGCCCAUCAACCAGCUUUACUAGACUCAGCUCGCUGAGCAUCAGCGCCAGCUCCGGCCAUGCGACAAAGUCUGACCAAAAUCCUAGACCCAGCCCAACGAUCACCAGGUCCAAGUGGAUCCCCAGACUUAGCACAAAGCCAGAAUCUGGGCCACAGCCCAGACCAGGCCUACAGUCCAGACCCAGCCUAAAGCCUAAAGAUGACCUAAGGCCUGAAACUGAACCAAAUCCCAAACCAGUCCCAAGGUCUAUUCCAGGCCUAAGACCCAAACCAAGACCAAAACCAAAGUCUGUCCUAAAGCCCAGACCACCCAAUCAUACUAGUUCUUCCAGCCCCAAAAUCACUCCCAGGCCUGACCCAUCUCUUACCACUAUCCAUAGCCCAAGCUCCAAUACUACCAGUUCAAGCUUCAGGACUACCAGCUUCAGCCCGGAGAUCAGCAUUACCAGCCCCACUCUACGUGACACCAGGACCAGUACUAGUCUAAACAGCACCACCAGUAGCCCUGGCCCAACGACCACCAGUCCAAGCAUCCGGAAUGGCCCUUCCAGCUCAAGCCAAAGCAAUACAACACUGAGCUCAUUUUCAGCAACCAGAAUCACCACUAAUCCUAACCCAAAGGUCACUAGUCCAGGAUCCAGGAUGAACUACAGAACCUUCAGGCUCAGCAUCGGGACCAGCACCAGCGGUAGCCCAACUCCAGAACCCACAACCACCACUAACACUAGCUCAAAGAUCACCAGUUCAAGAAUUUGGACCAACUCUUCCAGCUCAAGCAGCAAAACAAUCAGUCCAACUCCAGCAACCACAACCUCCAUAAGUUCCAGUUCAAGGACCACCAGUAUCAGCAUCAGUCCUGAGACAAAGUCUGCCCAAAAGCUAGAACCCAGCACAACAACUACCAGACCUGGCCUAAAGCCUAAACCUGAUCGUAAGCCUAAACCUGGCACAAAGCCCAAACCAGACCCAAGACCUAUUCCAGACCGAACACCUAAACCUGGACCAAGACCAAAGCCUGUGCUGAAGCCCAGACCUGCUCCAAAGCCUUGGCCCAAAACCACCACCCAAGGUCCAAGGACCACUUUCUCCACACCUAGCCCCAAGACAUCCAAUAGCCAAAGGACUAUGACUGACCCCAGCCCACAAACGGCCACAAGCCCUGGCUCAAGAACUACAAGACCUAACCAACAAACUACCCUCAGCUCUAGCUCAAAAAUAAUCUCUAGCACUAGCUGGAAAAUAUCCACUAGCCCUGUCACAAUGACCACUACUAUCGCCAGUCUAAAAAAGACCAGCUCAAUGCAACAAUUUAGCACAAGGCCUAGCCCCAAAACUACCACUACUAGUCCCAUUCCAUUGGCCAACUCUAUCCAUAGCCCUACAACCCCCAGCCCCGACUCCCCUACCCCCAGCCCCAUACCGGAGUCUUCCACCCCCAGUGUGAGAGAACUGCGUGUGAAGACCAGCCAGGUAUCUGCUAGUCUGAAUGACACAAAGGAUGCAAGCGGAGGGCCAAAGGUCUCUCGAGGAGGGCAUCCAAAGGUCCGUCCUGGGCUAAACCUGCUCACAGAGAAGGACCAGGUAGGCAGCAAGACUAACAGGACGGAGAACCAGCCUCAAAGCCCUGCACAGAUUUCACCAGGAGUUACCAUGGCACCCAGAGACUGCUCUGACCACAUGGCCAGGGGGGAGAGGAAGAGCAGAGUCUACCAAGUGACCCCUGACCCUAAGAACGGAACCAUUGCAGUGUUCUGUGACAUGGAGUCUCAUGGCGGAGGGUGGACCGUCAUUCAGCUCCGUCAGGAUGGCAGUGUGGACUUCAACCGGACCUGGGCUGAAUACCGGACGGGCUUCGGUGACCUGAUGGUUGGGGAGUUCUGGCUGGGCAACGACCACAUCCACCUGCUGACCCGAAACAGGGUGAUGGUCCUUAGGGUGGAGCUGGAGGACUUUAACGGCAUGAUGGAGUACGCAGAGUACAGGCUCUUCCGUGUGGCUGGCGAGCGGCUACGCUACCGCCUGUCUGUGGGUGGGUACUCGGGCACUGCAGGAGAUGCACUUCAAUUUAGCAAGAGUUACGACCACAACAACCGGUUCUUUACGACUCCUGACAGGGACUAUGACCGCUACCCUUCAGGGAACUGUGGGGCUUACUACAGCUCAGGUUGGUGGUUUGACGCCUGCAUGGCUUCCAACCUCAACGGGAGAUAUUAUGUGGGAAAAUACAAAGGGGUGCGGAACGGGAUCUACUGGGGGACGUGGCAUAACAUAUCCACAGAGUACUACCCGACUAAUGACAGACAAUCUUUCAAGACUGUCAGAAUGAUGAUCAGGCCAAGGGGCUAUGCAAAGUGAUCUACGGCUGGCUCCUCGGUUGGAGUUCUCAGUUGUUGCAAUUCUCAAAUAGGGGGGCCGGGGACCCCUAUGAGGCCUCCGAGAUUUUUCAAUGGGUCCAUGACAAAAGCAGGAAAAAGCAGAUAAAAUGCUCAAUGUUAAAAAUACGUUUUUUUUAGGGAGGAGCACUGUUUGAUACACAAAUGGAAACAUUCAGAUUGUACUGCUGUUUCAUAUUUUGGGGGUUUAUAAUGCCUUUUGUUUAACAAGCAAUUUUAAUAUAUUCCAUCAUUUUAUUUACUCUUUCAAAUAUUAAAUCUCUGAUUCAGGCAGGUCAACAACACCUAAAUCUUCUUAAUUUCUUGAUUAGUAUUAGUGGGCCUCGGAAAAGCCUGCUCUGUUGGUAAAAUACUGCCACUUAGUGGUCUGAAACGAAACACCAUGGUUUAUGGUUUCAAAUGGAACACUCAAACUGUGGAAAAGAUGUUCAGAGUUCCUGAAGUAAUUUAUAAGAUGUCUUCUUAUUAUCUAUGUAAGGUUACAGUGUGAAAGAAUUGUUGGAAAACGGUUUCAUAGAAGUCUUUCUCCUGUGACGAGAAAGAGAAAUACUCUUUGAGGAGGGUAAUGAAGAGAUGGACAAAAUCUCUUAAAUUGUACUGGAAUGAUUGACUGACGAUUGAUUGUUGUAAUGUUUUUUUAUUCUCAGUAUUUUUUACGGGAAAAAUGAAACGAGGUCAAUAA